AAAGAGCUGCACAGUCUUUCUUGCCCCAAGAUGGAAAACAGCACCACAACCAUUUCUCGGGAGGAAUUGGAAGAGCUGCAGGAAGCGUUCAAUAAAAUAGAUAUCGACAAUAGUGGCUAUGUCAGUGAUUAUGAACUUCAGGACCUGUUUAAAGAAGCAAACCUCCCUCUCCCUGGCUACAAGGUGCGCGAGAUAGUGGAGAAGAUUCUCAUGGUUGCUGAUAACAACAAAGAUGGCAAAAUCAGCUUUGAAGAGUUUGUUUCUUUAAUGCAAGAGUUAAAAAGCAAGGAUAUCAGCAAAACAUUCCGAAAAAUAAUUAACAAGAGGGAAGGGAUUACUGCCAUUGGAGGGACAUCGUCCAUUUCCAGCGAGGGCACACAGCACUCUUACUCAGAGGAAGAAAAAGUGGCUUUUGUGAACUGGAUCAACAAGGCCCUGGAGAACGACCCUGACUGCCAGCAUCUCCUGCCCAUGAACCCAGCUGAUGGCAGCCUCUUCAAGUCUCUGGCCGAUGGCAUCCUUCUCUGCAAAAUGAUCAACUUAUCCGAACCAGAUACAAUUGAUGAAAGAGCCAUUAAUAAGAAAAAACUGACCCCUUUCACUAUUUCUGAAAAUCUCAACCUUGCCCUGAACUCUGCAUCGGCCAUUGGCUGUACUGUGGUCAACAUUGGCGCCCAGGAUCUCAAAGAAGGGAAACCUCAUUUGGUUUUAGGACUUGUCUGGCAGAUAAUCAAAGUGGGUCUUUUUGCUGAUAUUGAGAUUUCCAAGAAUGAAGCUCUCAUUGCAUUGCUAAAUGAAGGGGAAGAAUUGGAGGAGUUGAUGAAACUGUCUCCUGAGGAGUUACUGCUACGGUGGGUGAACUACCAUCUGACCAAUGCAGGAUGGAGAACUAUCAACAACUUUAGCCAAGACAUCAAGAAGUCCCCUUUCUCCAGCAACACCAAGGAUUCAAGAGCCUAUUUUCAUCUGCUAAAUCAGAUUGCCCCUAAAGGGGACCGGGAUGAUGGACCUGCCAUCAACAUAGAUCUCUCAGGAUUUAAUGAAAAAAAUGACUUGAAGCGUGCUGGCUACAUGCUUCAGGAAGCAGACAAGCUGGGCUGCAGACAGUUUGUGACUCCUGCUGAUGUGGUUUCAGGCAAUCCAAAACUUAACUUAGCUUUUGUAGCAAACUUGUUUAACACCCAUCCCAGCCUGCACAAGCCCAAUAACAAUGACAUCGAUAUGAAUUUACUGGAAGGAGAGAGCAAAGAAGAGAGAACAUUCCGGAACUGGAUGAAUUCCUUGGGAGUCAAUCCAUACAUUAAUCACUUAUACAGUGAUCUUUCAGAUGCUCUAGUGAUUUUCCAGCUCUAUGAAAUGAUCCGCGUGCCUGUCAACUGGAGUCAUGUCAACAAGCCUCCUUAUCCUUCUCUUGGAGGGAACAUGAAGAAGAUUGAAAAUUGCAACUAUGCAGUGGAACUUGGGAAGAAUAAGGCCAAAUUCUCCUUGGUUGGCAUAGCUGGACAGGACCUGAAUGAAGGGAAUGCAACCCUGACUCUGGCAUUGGUCUGGCAGCUGAUGAGAAGAUACACAUUGAAUGUGUUAUCAGAUCUUGGAGAAGGUGAAAAAGUAAAUGAUGAUAUUAUCAUUAAAUGGGUCAAUCAGACUCUCAAAAAUGCAAACAAAAAGACUUCUAUUACCAGCUUCAAGGACAAAUCUAUUAGCACAAGUUUACCUGUUCUGGAUUUAAUAGAUGCAAUUGCACCAAAUGCAGUUCGUCAAGAAAUGAUCACACGAGAAAACUUUUCAGAUGAGGACAAGUUGAACAAUGCUAAGUACGCCAUUUCAGUUGCUCGAAAGAUUGGUGCCCGGAUAUAUGCUUUACCUGAUGACCUUGUAGAAGUGAAACCAAAGAUGGUUAUGACUGUAUUUGCAUGCUUAAUGGGAAAGGGAUUGAACAGAAUAAAAUAAUGAAAGAGUUAACAUGAUUUUCUGCCACAUUAAAAACACUGAAUGCCUCAGUUUACAGAAUUCUAAAAUGUAGUCAGUAUAAAA